AUGGUUGUUCUUGAGCCAACAAUUUUUUGGGAAGCAAAGAAAGAUCCAAAAAGGAGAGUUACAAUGAAGGAGGAACUCACCAUGAUUGAGAAGAAUCAGAUAUGGAAAGUUGUGAAAAGACAUGACGAUAGGAAAGUCAUAGGAGUGAAGUGGAUUUUCAGAACCAAGUUAAAUGCAUAUGGCUCUAUAAACAAGCACAAAACCAGAGUAGUUGUAAAUGGGUAUGCUCAAAUUUUUGGUAUUGAUUUUUCUGAUACAUUUAUUCUUGUUGCUAGAUUAGAAACCACCAGAUUAUUAUUGGCUAUAGCUGCAAAAAAUGGUUUGAACGUGUAUCAGUUGGACGUUAAAUUUGCAUUCUUGAGGAGGAAAUUUAUGUUGAGGAACCUAAAGGAUUUGCAGUGA